UUUUGUUCAUGUGGGAUCUAGCUUCAGUCAAGUGUCUCUACAUGAUCUGGGUGUGUUUGGUCUGGCGGCUGGAUCGUCUGCAGGCUGCCGCAGGCCGGUUGGUCGAACUCCGAGCGCAUCGAUAAGUUCCCAGCGUGUUGUUGCAGCGUCAUUCUGUUUGAAUGAAGUUCAGACCCAGAACUAGCCAAGUCUUCGUUCGCGCCCCGGUCGACGAACAAGGGAAAAAAAAACAACAAAGAGCUGAGGGAGUGAAAGCUUGUCAACCAUGCCGGUGUUUACAGUGAAUGUGAAAUGGGGCAAAGAGAAGUUCGACGCGGUCGAGCUGAACACCGAGGAGCCACCCAUGGUCUUCAAGGCGCAGCUCUUCGCCCUGACAGGAGUUCAGCCGGACCGACAGAAGGUCAUGGUGAAGGGAGGCACCCUGAAGGAUGACGAGUGGGGAAACAUUAAACUGAAAAAUGGCAUGACUCUGCUGAUGAUGGGCUCCGCAGAGGCCCUGCCCGAGGAGCCUGCUGUCAGGCCAAUGUUUGUCGAGGAUAUGACCGAGGAGCAGCUGGCGUCAGCGAUGGAACUGCCUUGUGGGCUGACAAACUUAGGCAACACCUGUUACAUGAACGCCACAGUGCAGUGUUUGCGUUCAGUGCCGGAGCUGAAAACUGCCCUCAGAAGGUACUCAGGUGCUCUGCGAUCUUCAGGGGCAAACGCUCCAUCGCAAUAUAUCACAGCAGCCCUUCGUGACUUAUAUGAGACCAUGGAUAAGACCUCGUCCAGCCUCCCUCCCAUUAUUUUGCUGCAGUUCCUUCAUAUGGCCUUUCCCCAGUUUGCUGAGAAGGGGGAUCAGGGACAGUACCUUCAGCAGGAUGCGAACGAGUGCUGGCUGCAGAUGAUGAGAGUGCUCCAACAAAAGUUGGAGCCGCUAGAGCAAGAGACUCCCAUGGAGACCGAGUCCGAGAGUGGAGUGGCUUCUGCCUCUGCCAAGAAGAACUUCAUCGACCAGUAUUUUGGCGUAGAGUUUGAAACUUCCAUGAAAUGCACAGAGGCUGAGGAAGAGGAGCCGAUCAAAGGCAAGGAGAGUCAGCUCCAGCUCAGCUGCUUCAUCAAUCAAGAGGUCAAAUACCUUGCGACAGGACUCAGGCUGAGACUUCAGGAAGAAAUCACAAAAAUGUCUCCAUCCUUGGAAAGAAAUGCCCUGUAUAUAAAAUCUUCAAAACUCAGCCGUCUCCCUGCCUACUUGACUGUCCAAAUGGUCCGAUUUUACUACAAGGAGAAGGAGUCCGUCAACGCAAAAGUCCUUAAGGAUGUCAAGUUCCCUCUUAUGCUGGAUGUGUACGAGCUGUGCACUGCGGAGGUCCAGGAGAAAAUGCUGCCAAUCAGGUCAAAGUUCAAGGAUGUCGAGGAUAAGAAGCUAGAGAAACAGCAGGAAAAGGUGGUGAAGAAGCCAGAUGCAGCAAAAGCAGUGAAGUACGAGCCCUCCUCAUUCUCCGACGACCUCGGUUCCAACAACAGCGGCUACUACGACCUGCAGGCGGUGCUGACGCACCAGGGUCGCUCCAGCUCCUCAGGUCACUACGUGGGAUGGGUCAAAAGGAAAGAAGAUGAGUGGGUCAAGUUUGAUGACGACAAGGUGAGUGUGGUGUCUCCGGAAGACAUCUUGCGGCUGUCCGGCGGCGGAGACUGGCAUAUAGCAUAUGUUCUACUGUACGGCCCGCGGCGACUGGAAAUACUUGAAGAGGAACAGUAGCUGUGGAAGAUUUCCACAAAGACGACAUCCAACACGCGUACAAAAAGCACUGUCUGCAUAGAUGUGCAAUAAAACCGGUGUCUUUAAA